CGGAGGUACAGAGUGAAGGGUAAGCAGUAUCGCCAACGGGCAUCAUGAGCUCAUUCAUUUGGGGACUGGCCUGUGUCAUUAGCAUCCUGAUUCCAGGAAGCCUGGGAAAGAUAUCACCACAGAUGUCCCCAAGGGUCAAUGCCAGCUUGGAGAACGUCACAUCUACUGAGCAAGCCUCUGAGAAAGCACGAAGCAUUGAAAUUUCCCAAGAGGCCGACCAAAGCGUUCGGAGGUUGCCUCGACAGGAUGCGCGCAACAACUACUUGCCUCAGGGACGGCGGAACCUCAUCUCGGCAAUAACGUCGUCAUCAAACUGCAAGAACCGGCCCAUCGAUUUGGUUUUUAUCGUCGACAGCUCCCGCAGCGUACGGCCCGCCGAGUUUGAAAAGGCCAAGGAGUUUUUGAUAGACAUGGUGGACACCCUGGAGAUCGGCUCCGAUGCCACCCGAGUGGGCCUCGUCAAUUACGCCAGCACAGUGAAGAUUGAGUUUUAUCUCAACACCUAUUUUGACAAGCAAGCCUUAAAACACGCGUUGGCCCGGGUCGAGCCUCUCGCUUCUGGCACCAUGACUGGCGUAGCCAUUAAGGCGGCCAUGGACAAAGCUUUCAUCGCAGAGGCGGGGGCCCGGAUCGGCUCCCCCAACAUCGCCAAAGUGGCCAUUAUACUAACUGACGGGAGACCCCAGGACCAGGUGGAAGAGGUGUCAGCGGCAGCUCGGGCGUCCGGCAUUGAAAUCUACGCGGUGGGAGUAGACCGGGCAGAUCUGGGCUCACUGCGCCUCAUGGCCAGCCAGCCUCUAGAGGACCACGUCUUCUACGUGGAGACGUACGGUGUCAUCGAGAAGCUGACGGGCAAAUUUAGGGAAACCUUAUGUGGUAAGGAUGAUCUGGAGAGUGGUUUGGAAAUAACGCAAACUGACAGGGAAGACGGUUACGGGAUGGAAAAUGAGAAUGACGAUAAGAGAAAACACGGAGUGGACGCAUGCGCUCGCGGGCAUACUUGCCAGCAGCUCUGCGUCAGCAACGGUAACUCUUACAACUGCCAGUGUUGGGCUGGUUACGUCUUGAACGCAGACAAGAGGACGUGUUCACGUCUGGACGCUUGCGCCCGGGGACAUGAGUGCCAACAUGUUUGCGUCAACAGCGGUGACUCUUACGUCUGCAGAUGCGCGUUGGGAUACGUCCUGAAUGCAGACCAGAAAACAUGCUCACGUUCAGAUCCGUGCGCUGAUGGACACGAAUGCCAACACAUUUGUGUCGACAAUGGCGACUCUUACAUCUGUAAAUGUCAUCCUGGAUAUACAUUGAAUCCAGACAAAAAAACAUGCUCACGUAUCGUAACAGAUCCGUGUGCCAGAGGGAAUGACUGCCAGCAAAUCUGCGUCAACAAUGGCAAUUCCUAUUACUGCAGAUGCCAAGUAGGAUACGUACUCAACGUGGAUCGGAAAACGUGCUCACGUCCGGAUGCUUGUUCUCUUGGACACAACUGCGAGCAGAAUUGCGUCAACAGCGGAGAUUCGUACGUUUGCACGUGUCGUACGGGAUACGUUUUGAAUGCUGACGGGAGAACGUGCUCACGUCCGGAUGCUUGUGCUCUUGGACACAGCUGCCAGCACAUUUGCGUCAACAGCGGAGAUUCGUACAUUUGCAAGUGUCGGACGGGAUACGUUUUGAAUGCAGAUCGGAGAACGUGCUCACGUCCGGAUGCUUGUGCUCUCGGACACAACUGCCAGCAUAUUUGCGUCAACAGCGGAGAUUCGUUCCUUUGCAGGUGUCGUCCGGGAUACGUUUUGAAUGCAGAUGGGAGAACGUGCUCACGUCCGGAUGCUUGUGCUCUUGGACACAACUGCCAGCAUAUUUGCGUCAACAGCGGAGAUUCGUUCCUUUGCAAGUGUCGUACGGGCUACGUUUUGAAUGCAGAUCGGAGAACGUGCUCACAAGAAAUGAGGAGUGAAAUAACGCAAGAUGCCUGCAAGUGUGAAGCUCAGAUACUGUUCCAGAAGAAAGUGCAGACGGCCAUUCAAGACUUGAGCCGAAGACUGGAUGACCUUUCAGAACGAAUGAACCAGAUUGAGGACCAGCAGCAGUAUUAGGAGCUGCGAUGAUGUCACGGGACCGGCGUAGAAUUUGUAGACUUUUGUAACUUUCCCGUGGAAUUAUUUGAAGUCAUAGAAAAAGACACUAAUAGCACUUUGGUUUUAUAUUAAAACCCCGAUAUUUACAUUCAUGUAUGUGGUCAUUCAGUCAAUGCAUUCAUUGUUUUUUCAGCAGGUUUAUUCUCAGAGGUCCACAUGUGUGAGCAUAACAUUGUCAUUGUUGACGAUUGCUCGACUCCAUUGGAUCACAGCAAUACUAAACCGAGAAAAGAUCAAGUCGCGUGUAGAUGGCCUGCCUGUACAUGGCUCAGUUACACGUUUCAAUAUAUAGUUUAGUUUUAUUUAUGGCUGGAGUUAAGGUAGACAUUUAAAGGAGAAAGGCUGAACUUUUAUUAUCCUCAGCCCUGUUCAAUUGUUUAUGUAACCUAUUCAAAGUAAGCUCAUUGUAAGUACUGUAUUUUCUGCUUUUGUCACUUAGAUGGUUGUGAAGAAUUUCGGAUUUUGUACUGAUGAUGUGUAAACUGAUGCCAUGUACAAGAAAUGUUUUAGUGACUUGGUGCUUCUUGAAUAAAUAUUCUUAAACCAUUUAU